CGUGGCUUUAAGGGUUUUGCAGGCUUUGUAGUUGGGUAGGGGCGGAGUUAAUUAAAAAUCCAUGGCCAGACUGACGGUUCUCAUGCCACGUAGCUUGGUAUAUAUUCGUCCUGGAGCGACACUCACCAGUCACUUGUGAAUCCGCUGGAGAAUGGGUAAGAUCUCGCUGUACGGCCUGGACGCCAGUCCGCCCACUCGGGCUUGUCUGCUCACCCUGAAGGCCCUGGACCUGCCCUUCGAGUAUGUGUUUGUCAAUCUGUUCGAGAAGGAGAACUUCAGCGAGGAUUACUCGAAGAAGAACCCGCAGCACACGGUGCCGCUCCUGCAGGACGACGAUGCCUGCAUCUGGGAGUCGCAUGCCAUCAUGGCCUAUCUGGUGGACAAGUAUGGGGCCACCGAUGAGCUGUAUCCCAAGGAUCUGCUCCAGCGGGCCAAGGUGGACCAGCUGAUGCAUUUCGAGACGGGCGUUGUCUUCGAGGCCGCGCUGCGGCGACUCACCCGGCCGGUGCUCUUCAAUGGCGAGUCCACGCUGCCCCGGGACCAGGUCGACCACAUCAACCAGAUCUACGACUUUGUGGAGACCUUCCUCGAUGAUCACGACUACUUGGCCGGCGACCAACUGACCAUAGCCGACUUCAGCCUCGUCUCGACCAUCACCUCGAUUGGGGUUUUCCUGGAGCUGGACCUGGCCAAGUAUCCCAGGAUUGCAGCCUGGCUGGAGAGGCUCAAGGAGCUGCCCUACUACGAGGAGGCCAAUGGCAGCGGAGCCGCCCAGUAUGUGGACCUCUUGAGGUCCAAGAACUUCUCCAUUGUACCCUAGAGACAGGUCCUACUCUGAAAUAGUAAAUGCACAGAAACCAUCAACUCAAAAAUAAUAAUCUAGAAGCUUAAUAGCAAUUAAAAAAAUAUAUUCACAAAGUUUUAACGUUUUUAGAUUUUGAUAAUUUAAUGAAAUAAAUAAAGCUCACACAAAAUGGUUUAAAAUGUA